AUGGUGGACAUUCACGAGAAAGACAUCACUCACCGGCGUGCAGUGGCAGUUGGCAAAAUCCGGUUCUCUAAUGAACAUGUCGUAGGGCUAAUUCAGUCCAACGGCAAUAAGAAGGGAGACGUUUUCAGUGUUGCGCGCGUGGCGGGAAUAAUGGGUGUCAAGCGGUGUUCCGACUUGAUACCUCUAUGCCAUCCGCUUCAAAUCACCAAAGUCAAGGUGGAACUUGAGCUCAAUGCUGAUGAUAACUCGGCCACUUGUACCUGCCAGGUUGAAUGCACAGGUAAGACAGGCGUGGAGAUGGAAGCCAUGACAGGUGUAACAGUGGCACUUUUGACAGUCUACGACAUGUGCAAGGCUGUUGAUAAGUAUAUGGUGAUUGACGGAGUCCGAGUGGAGCAUAAAAGCGGCGGAAAGUCAGGGACAUUUGACCUUUCUGAUAGAAAGUGA